CUGCACAAUUCCACCAACAAUCCGUUGAGGCUGAGAAUCCACAAACCAAAGGCAGCAGAAAAAUGGCAGAAAACGAAGAUAUCCAGCCUCUUGUUUGUGACAAUGGGACUGGAAUGGUCAAGGCUGGAUUUGCUGGAGAUGAUGCUCCGAGAGCUGUAUUCCCUAGUAUUGUUGGUCGCCCACGUCACACAGGGGUGAUGGUUGGCAUGGGCCAAAAGGAUGCUUAUGUGGGAGAUGAAGCUCAAUCAAAGAGAGGCAUUUUGACUUUGAAGUACCCAAUUGAGCAUGGUAUUGUUAGCAAUUGGGAUGAUAUGGAGAAAAUCUGGCAUCAUUCCUUUUACAAUGAGCUUCGAGUUGCCCCCGAGGAACAUCCGGUUCUCCUCACAGAAGCUCCUCUUAACCCCAAGGCCAAUCGUGAGAAAAUGACUCAAAUUAUGUUUGAAACAUUCAAUGCCCCUGCUAUGUAUGUAGCUAUCCAGGCCGUUCUUUCUUUGUAUGCCAGUGGUCGAACAACCGGUAUUGUUUUGGACUCUGGGGAUGGUGUGAGCCACACUGUUCCUAUCUACGAAGGCUAUGCUCUCCCUCAUGCCAUCUUGCGUCUCGACCUAGCUGGUCGUGAUCUCACCGAUGCCCUCAUGAAAAUUUUAACGGAGCGUGGGUAUUCUUUCACGACGACGGCUGAACGGGAAAUUGUUAGGGAUGUGAAGGAGAAACUAGCUUACAUUGCUCUCGACUAUGAACAAGAGUUGGAGACGGCAAAAACCAGCUCUGCUGUGGAGAAAAGCUAUGAGCUACCAGAUGGACAGGUUAUUACCAUUGGAGCCGAACGAUUCCGCUGUCCAGAGGUCCUCUUCCAGCCAUCCAUGAUCGGGAUGGAAGCUCCUGGCAUUCAUGAAACGACAUACAACUCUAUCAUGAAAUGUGAUGUGGAUAUUCGGAAAGAUCUAUACGGAAAUAUUGUCCUCAGUGGUGGCACCACUAUGUUCCCAGGAAUUGCCGACAGAAUGAGCAAGGAAAUCACUGCGCUAGCUCCUAGCAGCAUGAAGAUUAAAGUGGUUGCACCGCCGGAGAGAAAGUACAGUGUUUGGAUAGGAGGCUCCAUUUUGGCAUCCCUCAGCACCUUCCAGCAGAUGUGGAUUUCGAAGGCGGAGUAUGACGAAUCCGGGCCAUCAAUUGUACACAGGAAAUGCUUCUAGUGAAGAGCGAGCCUAUACGAAUGGUACGCAUUUUGCAUUACAGUAAAAUUCAUUAAUUAAAUGGUUGCUUUUCCUUUCGUUUCUUUUUCUGCUCUGUUACUUUGUUUCCCUAUUUUUCUUCUCUUUGAGUUAUAAUUUCACUGGCCUUUAUCUAUUAUGAAUGAGCAAUUAUUUCCGACUUGAUGUUAA